GGGGAAAAAAAAAAUGAAGUACAGGAGUAAGGAAAAACGGUCUUGAACCCGUCAGUUACCGACCCGUUUUGUUUCUGCCUCACUCUUCCAAUCUAAUGCUCUCCCCCUGACCGGAACCGGUGUCGGACUCGUGUUCGCCGAUGAAGUGCCGAUCCGUUGCCUGCGUCUGGUCCUCAUCUCCUCCGACUCACAGGGUCACCGCCGCGGCGAGCCUCAGCCAACCUCCCACUCUUUACACCGGCGGAUCCGAUGGCUCCAUCGUCUGGUGGAACAUAUCUCCCACCGACGCCAACCAGGAAAUUAAACCAGUUGCCAUGCUCUGUGGCCAUGCAGCCCCCAUAGCUGAUCUCGGGAUUUGUUUUCCAACGGUAAAUUCAGGAGAUGGGCAGAUAGGCUAUCUGAGUGAUGUCUUGGUGAAUUCUGAUUCAGCUGUUUCUGGUGCGUUAAUCAGUGCGUGUACUGAUGGGGUAUUAUGUGUUUGGAGCAGAGACAGUGGACAUUGUAGGCGCAGAAGGAAAAUGCCACCAUGGGUUGGCAGUCCAUCUGUGGUACGAGCAUUGCCGAAAAACCCAAGAUAUGUUUGUGUAGCUGCAUGUUUUGUCGAUUCGGUUCAUUUGUUUGACCACCAGUCACUGGAAUCCUCUGAAGGGGGUGAGGCUGCGAUGGACAGAGACCCGCAAAACCGAGAACCUUCCAAGUGUACAGUUGCAAUAGUUGAUUCGUAUACUCUUACAGUUGUCCAAACCAUAUUUCAUGGAAAUUUGCAAAUUGGGCCACUCAGAUUCAUGGCCAUAGUUCCACCAGUUGAGGGUACAGAAAAGCAAUCAGUGCUCCUUGGUGAUACAUAUGGUAAGCUACAACGCGUUUCGAUGCUAAAGGAACCCAAUUCAGAUUCGGAAAAGGGGGCAGCCUUGCAUAAAAACUCCUCCAAUUUCGAAAUGACUGAUUGGGCUGAGGACUCAAGUGAGGGGUUACAGGUUUUGGCAUUUGAUACUGGUGGGCAGGUUUUAGCUCAUGUAUAUAGAACCUUCUGUAUAUUUAGGUCAGCGGUCAGCGGCUGUACAAUCGGGGAGAUUUCUUUUGUGAAUAAUCUACUUUGCUUUGAAGAGGGCUCUGGUCAAUUACAUGUUAUAGGGGGCAUGUUUCUUGCGAGUAAUGCUAGGAAAGUAGUGGGAAUCCGUGAUAGGAUUGAGGAGAACUUUGCUGUUUGGAAUAAUAGAGGGUUUGCAGUUGUGUAUAGAAUAACCUAUUCAGAUAGUAUUUUCAGUUUUGAGCUGCUAUCUGUAUUACCUGAUGUUGAUCAUCCCAGCGAUGAUAAAUUAUCGAUUUGUUUUGUCCAGUUGGGUUCUUAUCUUAUUCGUAUUGAAUCAAUUUGCUUUCACGUUGAAGAACCUCUGCUCUGGAAACCCUAUGUCACAACAUGGUUACUGCCUCAGCAAUGUGAUAAGAGUUCAAAUUUGCAACAAGAGUGCAAAAUGCUUGCUGAAGGUAGGUUUUUUGUUGACUGGGUUGCAAGCUCAACAUCUCCUAAUGAAAUUGCUGGCCUCCAUGAUACUGGCAUUGAAUUGGCAGGCAGGGACAAGGUAGAUAGCAUAUGUGCAACUGAUGGAAAGUACUGGUUUUGCAAAAAGGAACGCAUUAUAUCUUCAUCAAUGGUCAUUUCGGAGUCCUAUUACACUCCGUAUGCUGUUGUGUACGGAUUUCACACUGGUGAAAUAGAAGUUGUCCGUUUUAAUAUAUUUGUUGAGGGCUUUGAAUCUGACAAUAGUAGUCAUGGUCAUGAAACUGAUUCAAAUGUUUCCAAACAAUCUUUUUCUGGUCACACUGGUGCUGUUUUAUGUUUGGCUGCACAUAGGAUGGUUGGUAGGGCCAAAGGAUGGAGAUUCAAUCGUGUUUUGGUGUCCGGGAGCAUGGACUGCACGAUACGUAUAUGGGAUCUUGAUUCUGGGAAGCUUAUUACAGUGAUGCACCAUCAUGUAGCUCCAGUAUGCCAAAUAAUUCUUCCCCCACCUCAAACUGAUCGUCCAUGGAAUGAUUGCUUUCUUUCUGUGGGGGAGGAUUCCUGUGUUGCUCUUGUUUCUCUUGAGACUUUGCGUGUGGAGAGAAUGUUUCCUGGACAUCCAUACCGUCCAGCAAAAGUUAUAUGGGAUGGUAGAAGAGGUUACCUGGCGUGUCUUUGUCAGAACCAUUCCAGAGCUUCUGAUGCUCUUGAUGUUUUGUAUAUUUGGGAUGUAAAGACAGGUGCCCGUGAGCGAGUCCUCCGUGGUACAGCUUCUCAUUCCAUGUUUGAUCAUUUCUCUGAAGGAGUCAACACCAUUUCCACGUCUGGUGGUGUUUUACAUGGAAAUACAUCGGCCUCCUCAUUACUUCUCCCCUUAGUUGAAGAUGGUAAACUCUCACGAGCUCAUUCCAAAAAGUUAGGCAAGGGGGCCUCUUCAUCAAAUACGCUCCCUAGUAUCACAAGUACGACUGAUCCCAAUGCUUCCUUAACCCAUUCUAGAAAAGGAAAUUCCACCAAGCUAUUUUCAGUGCCUGUGUCAAUUCUCCAAAGCAACAAGCAUCCCAUCAAUUGCUCUUGCCCAUUCCCUGGAAUUGCUGGUCUGAGUUUUGACCUUGCCUUAUUAAUGUCUCUAUGUCAAAAGCAUGAGAUCUUGAAAGAUAGUGGUGAGAAUCAAGGGAUUAUGCAUAUGAACGAACAUGCAGCUGAAAUGCCUAAGAAUACUGUCACCAUUCGUGAUGAGUCUGGUUUACAGAGGACCUCAACUAAUUCUGCAGUGAAUGAUGACUGGGUUCAGUCACUUGAAUUAUGCUUACUUCAAUUUAGCCUGUCCUUUUUGCAUCUAUGGGAUGUGGAUAUUAAGCUUGAUAAGUUACUGAUGACUGAAAUGAAGGUAAAGAGACCAGAGAAUUUUCUCCUAGCUUCUGGGCUGCAAGGGGAUAGAGGAUCUUUGACGUUGACUUUUCCAGGUUCAAGGGCUACUCUUGAGCUUUGGAAAUCAUCAUCAGAGUUUUCUGCAAUGAGGUCACUAACCAUGGUUUCCCUUGCCCAGCACAUGAUUAGCUGGUCUCAUUCCUGUUCUGCUUCCAGCAGUGCUUUGGCAGCAUUUUAUACUCGGAACUUUUUGGAGAAAACCCCAGAUGUAAAACCACCCUUGCUUCAGUUAUUGGUGAGUUUUUGGCAAGACAAAAGUGAACACGUAAGAAUGGCUGCACGCUCUUUAUUCCAUUGUGCUGCCUCACGAGCAAUUCCACUUCCCCUAUGUUGUCCAAAAGCAAAUGGCCAUGAAAGUCAUCUGAGUUCUCCAAACGGAACUGUUGCAAAGAAAUAUGAAAUUCCAAGCUCAGAAACCUCAUCCAGUAUUUGGUUGAAAUCUGACACCUUGCUGGAAAUGCAAGGGCUCUCUCAGGCAGAGGAUUCUGAAAUACUUGCAUGGCUAGAAUCAUAUGAAGUGCAGGACUGGAUUUCUUGUGUUGGGGGAACAAGUCAAGAUGCAAUGACAUCUCAUAUCAUUGUUGCUGCAGCAUUGGCCAUUUGGUACCCUAGCCUUGUCAAACCGAGUCUUGCCAUGCUGGUUGUUCAUCCAUUAAUGAAGUUGGUUAUGGCCUUGAAUGAUAAAUAUAGUUCCACUGCAGCGGAGCUUCUGGCAGAGGGUAUGGAGAGUACAUGGAAGGCAUGCAUUGCUUCUGAAAUACCUCGUCUGAUUGGGGAUAUAUUUUUCCAAAUAGAGUUUGUUAGUGGUCCACCUGUCGAUUCGUCAUCUCAAAAUCCAGCUAUACCUCUGAAUAUUCGGGAAACCUUGGUUGAGAUUCUUCUUCCAAGCCUAGCAAUGGCUGAUAACCUGGGGUUUCUAAACGUGAUAGAGAGCCAGAUUUGGUCUACUGCAUCUGAUUCCCCUGUUCAUGUAGUUUCUCUGAUGACUCUUAUGAGGGUCAUGCGCAGUUCUCCAAGAAACUUAGCUCAAUAUCUUGAUAAGGUGGUUAAUUUCAUUUUACAAACCAUGGACCUUAGCAACUCUGUCAUGCGCAAAACUUGCCUUCAAAGUUCAAUAGCAGCACUUAAGGAAGUUGUACGUGUAUUCCCUAUGGUAGCCCUGAAUGACACAUCAACAAGAUUGGCUGUUGGUGAUGCCAUUGGGGAGACCAAUAAUGCUAGCAUCCGGGUUUAUGACAUGCAAAGCGUGGCAAAAGUCAAGGUUUUGGAUGCAAAUGGACCUUUAGGGCUCCCGAGUCUGCUUGGAGGAGCUUCAGAAGUGGUUGUAAUCACGUCAAUUUCAGCCUUAAGCUUUUCACCAGAUGGAGAGGGCUUACUUGCUUUUUCUGAGCAUGGGUUGAUGAUCAGAUGGUGGUCACUGGGAUCCGGAUGGUGGGAAAAGCUCAGCCGAAACCUUGUUCCUGUCCAAUGCACUAAACUGAUUUUUGUUCCCCCUUGGGAAGGAUUUUCCCCCAACUCCACCAGGUCUAGCAUAAUGGCGAGCAUAAUGGGCGAUGAUAGACAUGCUAAUGCAAAGGAGAAUGCUGGCAGUUCGAGUGAUGUGGACAGGUUGAAACUUUUGCUUCAUAAUCUCGAUCUCUCUUAUCGAUUGGAAUGGGUUGGCGAGAGAAAAGUACUCCUAGUGAGGCACGGCCAUGAGUUAGGCACAUUUCAGUUGUGAGAGUAUUGUCGUUCAGAUUCUCAAUUGGAGACAAUUUCCCACAACUUUUGUGAGAAUUUUGACCAACUAAAUUAACAACAAUCUUACAAGCUCUCCUCAGAUGCAUCUCUUGAUAUCAAGCUUCUGGUCUGCAUGUUUCAUUUCAUUCUCAAGGCGAUGGUGUGCAAGUGCAGUGAUAGCAACUCGUUCAGUGUUUGCUGCUUGUGAGAUCUAACUUCAGCUCUGAUGUGAUUUUUGAUUUGAUUCAUGCUUACCAACAAUAGUGUUUGCAUAUUGAUUCAUUUCAUUUUUCGGAAUUGCUUAUCCUAGAGAAUAGCUUAACCAUUUUCUUCUACCUUCUGUAAAUAGGAGUCGGAUUUUUGUGUUCUCUGUAUCUACGAUAUGUAUUCAGGCUCUGAUGUAUCAGUCAGUUCAAAGGAACUUGUACUACCCUUCAGUAAAGAAAGUUAUAAAGUUUAACUUUUAUGGUUC